UCUUCACGUCCCAUACUUGCUAUAGGGAGCAAUUAUAUGUCUGCUAAAAGAAUUGCUUGUGAAAAGAUUUACAGAAAAUGAUAGAUAGAUAGAUAGAUAGAUAGAUAGAUAGAUAGAUAGACAGAAAGAUAGAUAAAUAGAAAGAUAGACUGAUAGAUAAUAUGAAUCCAGUCUUUAAAGUUGGGAGGGGUGACACGUGGCCUUCCAGUGGACAGGUGAUCUGUGAAAGGAGAAGACAACCUGGAAAAUGUCAUCUUCAGGAUCACAGUUAACAUUCAGCCUUUUCUCAUUUGGACUCGGCUGUCACAAAGAUGGUGGGCGGAGGUGACGUUUUAGGAUAAAAUUACUACAUUUUUGCAUUUAAUUUCCUUCGUAAUUGUAGCUGUGCCGAGGCCGUUUUCUGUUUAUUACGCUGGUUGAGAAUGGAAAAUAUCGUCGAGAGAGAAAAACUUGACUCAUGAACAGCGACACUUCUCAGCAGAUGACUUCGGUGCUGAAAGAGUCUGACAGGCGAGAGAAUGUCAGCCUCGAACAUCAUUAUGACCUUCAGCCACAAGGCGCCUCGGGACAAGAAGACGCUCGUGUCGUUUCUGUUCAUAAUUACUUAAGGUGUCAUCUGAUGGCUCAGAGGCGAAUGAAGCGGUCGAGCUUAGAACGACCUUCCUUCACCAUCGUCAGGUCAUAAGUUAAAACAAGAAAGAGGAUGAUUACACUUUUAUUGAUUUAUUCAUUCACUCUAUUAUUAUUUCUAUAGCAUCUUCCUUUGAUUUUUCUAUGUUUUGCGAAACGCAGGAUUCUCCCGCUGUUCAAGUGCCGCGUGAUGCCUCAUCUUCGUAAUAUGACGAGGUUGGAUAAAUCUAUGAAUAAAUAUCACACUGGUAAGUUUUAUUCAAAGUGUUUGGGAGCCUCUUCGUGUAGAUUAACUUGCUUUUUGCAUUCUCCUUAUUUGUUUAUAGACUUAGUGUUCAUGGCGUUGAAAAAUAAUCAAAUGCACCUUUCCUUUUCACUUUUUGCUGUUUGAUAUCCACCAAAUUCUCUUACCAUUCGUCAAAGAGCAUUACAUUGCUGCCAUGCGUCUCGUUUCAUACCAUCCACACUGUUUAAUCAGAGCCUCGAAAACUCCACAUAUUAAUGGUUUCCUACUGGCUGCUGAAAUGGUUGACAUGGCAUUACCUGUCAAUCGCUUCAUGUCAGAGUUUAAUACAACGCAGCAAUUACGAUUAUGAUUCUGCGGGAAGGUCAGAUGUAAAAAAAAAAAAAAAAGGUAAACUUUACUUUGAUGAAAUUCUCUGCUGUUUACUGACGAGAGCAAUUUCCUGAACUCUUCAAAAUGACACAUGACUCAAAUACUUAAAUACGAGUACAGUGCGUGCAGUCGCGCCCCUGAGCAGUCUGGCUGCACAAACACAAGAUAAAGGAGGAAAAUGCUGCAGAACUACUGGAUCACAGGAAAUCUUGGAGGAAAAUGGAUGGGUAAGUGAGUAAAUGAAGAUAAAAUGUAUUAAUUAGUACAAAAAAUAAACAAUUAAAGAUUACUGCAAAAUGGCCUAGGUAACUUAAUUCCAACAAGAUAAGCAACACUUAUCUCCUCACACAUACACACACACACACACACACACUGGCAAGGGAGUGGAGAGCACGGCGCUGCCAAAGGGCAAGGCGCAGCGUGACACCCUCAUAUAACUUCGCCGACAGAGCGCGUCUUCAGUGUGCCGACGCUCCUGCCUGGAUUUCCCACAAGCAAAAACAGAUUUCGGGUCACAGAAGAGGAAGGAAGAGCAGGUUAAUUGUACGUUGUCUUAUAACGUUAAACAAUGAACAACGACUAUUAGGCGAAGUGGUUAAUAAAUUUUCAUGCCAUUGAACUGCUGAACAAAGUAUGUACAGUUGCUAUAUUUUCUCAUUUGGAAAUAUUGUAAAGAACCUUAAGAAUUGCAGCAAUUGUACUGAAAAGAAUAUAAGAAUCGAAUCAACUGUACAGAAUUUUCUUUUUUCGUUACUUCCUUACAGUAACUGUUGAUCAACGCGUUCCUUAGGAGACCGGCAUGAACUUGCUGUUAGUUCAGCUCACCCUGAGUGUCUGGCUACUCCAAGACGCCUGCACUGGGGACAUGGCCACCAUCACACCACAAACAGGCCGCCGGGCAAACCUUCGCUCCGAGCUGAUGGUCCGGAGACGGCAAGAUUUGAUUUUGGAUAAGAUGUGUAUUACAAUGUCAUCAUUAUGUGUGUGUGUGUGUGUGUGUGUGUGUGUGUUUACGGAUGUAGGUUCGUGAAUUAUAGUAGGCGCGUCGCCUUUCCAUGGGAAACCAUUCGGAGGACUGCAACCGCACCCACGUCAGAGUAUCCACGACUGGUGAGAGAAGUCCCCAUGCACGAAAACUAAACGGCCAGAUAACCAAGACAGGAAAGCAAAGAAAAAAAAGUCAAUAAUCCAUUUACCAAGGGUUUAUAAAUAUGUAUGAGCAGGGAGUAAACGUCAAGAACCUUUACGUAUUAGAAUCUGCCAACAGAGUGAGGAGUGACGACUGCUGCGUCACACGAGAGAUAAGCAGCAGUGAAGGAAGCCACGUAGUUUCCUUGUCGACAUCCAGACGUAAAAUAAUAACCGGCACCAAACAUUUUCUGAAUCACAAAAGGAUGUCACUAGCUCUCACAGCUGACCAUCUCACAGGUCUCAAGUGACCUUGCUACAUAGAUACACUAAAUGUGGAAAGCUGUGAUGCGAGAAUGUGCAGAUAUGGCCGUACGACACGUCCCAAAGCCAUCCCACCGUCACAGGUCCGAACCAACGAAGCUUCUGAUUCUCUGAACCAUAAGAAUUACCUUAUUUCUCCCAACUAUAUGUAAUACAGGGCGCGCGCACACACACACACAUACACACAUCAAUAUCAGUCAUAAAACUUUAUGGUGAACUUACCUCACGCACACAGCUCCUUGCUAUCAUCCGGCAGUUCAAAGCUCCUGCUCCACCACUAAACAGCACCAUCAGUACCACAGUAACUAUUAUUUACAAUAGGUUCCGGUACAUCUGCAGAACCCAAGAUAGACGCACGGGACGAUGCAGCAGACGGUGCAAGCUGCGGCCAGCGUCCUUGCGUCCCUCCCGCUGCAGUGUCACCUCACCCUGUUCUGGGAACAAACGGAGCACUCCUCCUCCUCAUUCGCCAGUGCUGUUGAAGAUUUCAGAAAACAAGCUUGGGCAUCACGUCGGCCUGUGCAGAUGAUGAUGCUGGACCGGACUGUGCUAAAAACGGAGGCCACAUGGAAGAGGUCAGUGUGUGACGCUUAUGUGUUGGUGUUGGGUGAGGGACGUGAAUUGGUGCGUCACGCCGAUGAUCCCGCAACCUCCAUCUCCUCGCGAUUAUGGAACUACAAGGGUCACUACAUCAUGCUGCUGCUCGGAUCGCUGGGCCCCGCAAGAGCAGCAGGGUUGUCCGCCGUAUCCAAGACUGCCAACCUGCUGAUGGUGCAGCCUUUAGGGGUCUCGGUGCUAGUCUGGACGCCGCGGAUGUUUCCCAGAUACUCCCCACCACGUCUUCUACAUUCCUGGCGCAAUAAAGGCUUGCGGUACGAAAGGCUGCGAUACACUCCAAAAGACAACGAUUUAUGGAACUCAGUGCUGCGAGUGGCCACGUUCGAUCAUCCGCCGAGCGUUGUGUACGACUAUGACAGCUUGGGGCGAGUGGUGCGGCGGUUGGGUGUGGACAUGCAGUUGAUAGAGACGCUUGCUAAAGCUAGAAAUUUUACGUUGGAAUUUCAUGAAGUGAGUCACGAGGAGCUUUGGGGAUACGAGCUUGAGAACGGCACGUGGGUGGGACUGGUGGGUCAGGUUCACCACGAAAGGGUUGACUUGGGGACGUGUAACUUGUUUCUGGAGACUCACCGCGCACAGCUGCUCGACUAUUCCACGCCUUACAACUUUGAGCGUGGCUGCUUUGUUACCCCUUCACCCAAGCCCCUCAACAACUGGCAGUCACCGACACUACCAUUCGCCUGGAGCACCUGGGUGGCCACAUUCGCCUCGCUAGCUCUUGGGGGAGCACUACUGCGGCUGGUGGUGGCCUUCAGCAGUGUUCAAGAGCCUCGUGAGUUCACAAGCUUUUCUUUCGCUUACCUGUACGUUAUGGGAUCUCUAACCUCCCGCACACUGAAUCUGACCCCACACGGUCCCCGUCUGCGGGCGUACGUGGGAUUGGUAUGGCUGACGGCACUCAUCCUGGCCACGGCCUACUCUGCGAACCUGGUGGCCUUCCUGUCCGUGACGCAGAUGUCUGUUCCCAUCAACACGCUGCGGCAGCUCGCGGGCAGCGGCCUACGCCUCGGGGGUCACGCCUUCUGGAAGACGCAGUUUCGAGCCUCAAUCGAUCCUACCGUGCAAAGUUUUGCAGAUCGACUAGAGCCUCAUGUCGAUCUUGACGCUUUAUUCGAACAGGUGGCUGCGGGUAAAUUUGCGUUGAUCGAGAAUCGCCAGUAUUUAGAAACUGUCGCGGCAGUCCGCAACUCAAGGGGUCGUAGCGUCCUGCGGAUAAUGCCACAGUGUCUCCUGACGUACAGCAUCGGGCUCGCCUUUCCCCAAAACUCUCCGCUCUCUGAUUUCCUCAAUCCUCUAAUUCUUCGUGUAGUGGAGGCCGGACUUGUCUUUCGGUGGCGACGUGACGUGGUGGACUACUACCGCAGUCAGUCUGCGGACACCAGCAGUGGUCAGGACCUGGUGGUCUCUUCGCGGGGUAUGGCGCUGAAUCUUAACCAACUGCAAGGUGCUUUUUACGUUCUCGUCCUUGGCUGCUUCGGAGCGUGCAUCGUCUUCCUGCUGGAACAGCUAAACUCCCCACGCCCCUCGUGAUCAGAUCCUCGGGAUGAAAAUAAUUAGUCACUUUCUCCAGAUACUUAUAAUUGUUUCAUUCCUUUCCCUCAGGCCACAUCCCUGCGACUCUCGUGCGACGCAUUUAGCACUUAUCGUGCUAAAUGCUGUGCACUCACUCAAUUUGUCAGCAGCGUUUAUCCACACUCAACUAUUGCUAUAUCCUCUUCUUCCCCCCAAGAAUUCUCUAGCAUUAUAUUUUGCUACAUAAAUUCUGUGUCUCUACAAUGAUGAAAGCCUACGAUUAUUCAUUCCAGUUAGUUGUUCUUACACCUUUUCGUCCGUAGUUUUUGAGUAAAGUCUGUAUUUAGUGUUAGGUUUUCAGUAAACAUGCUU